GCCAAUUGCGCUUCCCGCCAACUCCGCAAUUUGCAAACGCGUGCCUCUUCCCUCCCUCCUGUUGAUCGCGCAAGAGAAGACCUGAGUGAGGCAACAACAGCAACACGCGGCUUUGGUUGGCGCUGAACACAGGUGCAUCCAUCACCAAUCACCGACGCUCAACGGCAUCGCAAACAGAACGUACGCCGGUGACUUGUGCUGCUGCUGCCUCAGCCAGCAUGGAUUCCCGCGCUGCUGAUGGCUCGUCGGGAUCCUCCCAACGUUCACAGACCAUGACAGCCCCAACCGCGCCCAGCAACUCCAACGGCAACGACACCAACAACACCAACACCAACGCCAGCAACAAUAACAACGCGGCAGCCGUUCCCACCACUGACAGGGGCCCCAGUCAACCACAGCAGCAGCAGCAGCAGCGGCGGCGGCGCCGACGAUCGACUGGUGACGAUGCCGGUGGCGCUGACAGUGGAAGUACACCGGCAGACGCAAACCCAACCCAGCAACAGUCUCAUCAGCAGGAUUCAGGCAUUGCAUCGCAGUUUGCACCCCUGUCAGCACUACCGCGGUCGUUGCAAGUGAGCCAGAACCCGAGCAGACCCGGCACGCCGCGUGCUGCUGGCUUGUCGGGUCCACAGUCACGGACGCACUCCCGCCCGCACUCGCGAUUCAGCAGCGCGCACGAGACGCCGCUCCCGCCGCCGGGGCAGGAGUGGCGCGCAGCACCGUUCCACUCCAACAAGGGCCUGACGGCGGAGUGGUUUGAUGCGCCAGAUUUGAUGCCACCGGUUGACCUGACCCGGCCGCACGUGGCGCUCAACAGCCCCGUCGCCGGGCAGGAGCCGCUCUUCUACCAGUGGCCGCCCACCAUCUCCUCGACGGGAUUUGAUCCACUUCUUGAAGCACUUGAGACGAUGAGACUGGUACUCAGCGAUACGGAGGUCAAUGCGCACGCGACAACUGCGCGCUUCUUUGCACUGAUGAAUGCAGUCAACACCGCAGACUUUGCGUCGAUUGUUCGUGUCGUUGAAGCGUACAACUCCUGCAUCGGCGAAAUUCGCGCCCACUUCAAGGGGGACGGCCCGAACACACGCGCGACCACGGAGAUGAUGCAUCACAUCAUGACAAUGGUGUACAACCGGUCUGUGACGGACCCUGGCCGGCUCAACAAGUACAAGGGCUGGACUGAGGAGGUGUACGGCGAAUUCUCGUUUAACAUGAUUUCCGAGAUUGUGGCCAAGGUGCCCAUCAAGCCCGAGCACACAUUCAUUGACCUCGGCAGCGGUGUUGGCCAGGUUGUGCUGCAGGUGGCGGGGGAGGCGAUGUGCAAAGAGGCGUUUGGUGUCGAGAAACAAGACAUCCCCGCGGAAUACGCAAAGCUGAUGGAGCACCACUUUGAACGGCUCAUGCGGUGGUUUGGCAAGAGGCACGGCCCGUUCACACUCACACAGAACGACUUCCUCGACCCGGCGCUGCGGGACAAAAUUAAGAACGCCGAUGUCAUCUUCGUCAACAACUUUGCUUUUGGAACAAAGUUGAAUCAACAACUGAAGGACAUUUUCGGCGAGUGCAAAGAGGGCUGCCGUAUCGUCUCCUCUCUUAACUUCUCCCCACUCGACUUCUCCAUCACGCACAGGACCCUGUCGAAUCUGGGCUCGAUCCUGAAGGUUGAGAAGAUCACGUGUUCUGGCGAGGGCGUCUCGUGGACGUCGGGGCCCUUUGACUACUACAUCCAAACCGUCGACAGAAGCAAGCUUGAGCUCUUCUUCUCUGCGGAAAACAAGAUGAAGCCUGUGCUCGUGUCAGAAAACACCAGCAAGAAGGAUAGUGGUGAUGGCGACGAUGACGAUGAUGAUGACGAUGAUGAUGAUGAUAAUGAUGAUGGGACGCCCACUCGUCGAGGCAGAGGCUCUCGCAAGCGCAAGAAGGGCGGCGUUUCUGAACAGGAGCUUGCGGCCACCGUCGCCGGGUUCGUGGACAGCUAUCUUCCCCAGCUCAUCGCCUUGCGCAAGGACGCUGCACAGUCGUCGUCUCGGGGCACGCGUGCACUGGCGCGGCGGCGGGCAGAGCUGCUGGAGCGACGCAAGCAGCUGCAGACCGCAAUCGCAGACACACUCGCACUCAAGGAGAAACAGCAAACGUCGCAGCUGACAAACAGCGCCGUGGAUGUGUCCGACUGCCUCGACCUCGCCGUUGCUGCCGUCAUCGAUCACGAGCAGUGGCUGCGGGCGCGGUCUCGUGUUGAGGCACAAAUCGCCGUCCUCGAACGAAAAUCUGCCUGGUUGGCGCGGUUGAAAGAAGACGCGAAGAAAGCGCGCAAGCUGGCGUUAUCUGUGCAACGAAUCAUCUCGGCUGCUGCCCCACAGCAGCAGCAGCAGCAGCAGCAGCAGCAGCAGCAGGAGAAGGAGGAGGCGGCUACCGUUGCGACUGCGAACGCGCCAACCCCUGACCCAACUGAGGAGCAGCUGCAACACCGCUGGCAGGAAUUCUUGGCCACACUGCCGGAGGCGUCGCGUGUGAGCGCACGGGAACACGUGACGACGUGGAGCAUGUGGAAACUCGCCCUUCGCAGGAAGGAACGAACAGCAACCAAGAAGAAGCAGCAGCAACAACAACAGCAGCAGCACCACCACCACCAACAACAACAACAACAGCAGCAGCAGCAGCAGCAGCAGCAGCAGCAGCACCAACAACAACAACAACAACAGCAGCAGCAGCAGCAGCAGCAGCAGCAGCAGCAGCAGCAGCAGCAGCACCAGCAACAACAACAACAACAACAACAACGCCCGCAGCAGGAACAUGCUUCCUCAGCCACGCCAGAGCCACCAUCCACCGUUCACAACGAGCAGCACUCCAAAGACGUCGCAACAUCAAAACCAAAUGGACACAACGCUACACGCGCCCACGCCUCGUCAUCAUCGCCGUCGUCGUCGCCGUCGUCUUCGUUGGCGUACCCAGCACCUGCGCCCUCCGCGGUACUGCCGCUGCGUGGCGAAGGGCGGGCGGCGAACGGACACGAUGACGGAGAUGAAGAUGAUUCCGAUGAGAUGUCGCUUCCUGUCUCGGUCAGCCACGGCACGUCGUCAUCCUCAUUGUCCAACAGCCCAUCUUCACGCACCGCCGCCGCUACCACCACCAACAGCACGCAAAACGGCGAUAGCCAGCACCGCAAGCAGCCGCACACUACACCACCAUCAUCGUCAUCGUCAUCAUCUUCAUCGUCAAGGCAGCGUAUGAGAGUAUCGGGGGACGGACAGCCACCGGCAAAGCGUCCUCUCAUCUCCCACAGCAACAACGGCACCAACAAUGACGCGAGCAACACACAAGGCAAUGGCGUAAACAAUGGCGUGAACAAUGGUGCACACGCCAACACCACGCCUCGUUCCCCGUCUGCUGGGACGACCUCAGCGGCGCCACCAGCACCUGCUGCUGCGGGUGUGGGCACCGGCACCGGCAGAUCCAGCGCAGCAUCGCGCUCGUCGCCGCUCAAGACAGCAGCGACGGCACCACGGGUGAUAUCGAAGGCAAAGUCGGGCGACGUGGUGCGAUCUGCAGUCAUUGGCACCCAUCCCGUCUUCACCGCCAGCAGCAACAGCAACGGCCAUCGCAACUCUUCAUGA